GAGAACGAGAACUAGAGAGAGAGAGGGAGAUAGAGAGUCUUCGGGACAGGACACAACUAGGUAGAGCUGGUCAGGAGAUCAAGUGGGCGAUGUUGCAGCUAGGAUCUUGUUUGUGGACAUUGUGGAAAGGUUGUUGAUACAGUCCAGAGGGCUUGUAGGUAUUUUCGAGCUGAAAGGUUGAGGUGGCCUUCCCGUCGCAGUAUUUUUAGAUCAUCCGGAAAGGAAUACGAAGAUGUCGUCUCCAAGUCCGGGCAAGAGGCGAAUGGAUACCGACGUGGUGAAACUCAUUGAAAGUAAGCAUGAGGUCACCAUCCUCAGUGGACUCAAUGAAUUUGUUGUGAAGUUUCACGGACCUCCUGAAACAUCGUACGAGGGAGGUGUCUGGAAGGUCCGAGUUGACCUACCAGAUAAAUAUCCCUUCAAAUCCCCCUCAAUAGGAUUCAUGAAUAAAAUCUUUCAUCCCAACAUCGAUGAAGCGUCAGGAACCGUGUGUUUAGAUGUCAUCAACCAGACAUGGACAGCUCUUUACGACCUCACCAACAUCUUUGAGUCGUUCCUCCCUCAGCUGCUCGCCUACCCAAACCCCAUCGACCCUCUGAAUGGGGACGCAGCUGCCAUGUACCUGCACCGACCCGAGGAUUACAAACAAAAGAUCCAAGAGUAUAUCCAGAAGUACGCCACAGAGGAGGCUCUAAAGGAACAGGAGGAGAGAGGGGGCGACUCCUCUUCCGAGAGCUCCAUGUCAGACUUUUCGGAGGACGAGGCUCAGGACAUGGAGUUGUAGUGAAGGGGGCGAUCCGGUUCCUUUCAGCUCACAACAGACAGUCAUUUCCUAAAGAGCAGAAACUCAGUGCUAUAUUCAUAUUUAAACAAGACACUUUUUUACAGCAACACAAGGAUUUUUAUUGCUAUACAAGGAUUUGCAGUAUGAUAUUGCAGAAUAUUAACCCUUACUUAGGCAUCCAAGACCACCUGCCCAUCGGCCCUCCUCUUUGCCCCAAUAGCCUGUUUCGAUCAGAAAGGAGUGCGUCAUUCAUUUCCACGAUCUUUGGUGGCAUCAUUUAAGGCUUUGACCAUGCAUGUCCAAACUGAGCAGCGAGACCAAUGCAGGAUGAUGGAGGAGGACUGACAUACAUAGUUUUUUUUUCUUCUUCUUGUAUUUAUUCAACACUUCAUCGGGCAUCUCCUUGAAAGAAGACCGCGGAUUCCCAUUUGUGUUGAAGUGUCAGCGUACAUCUUUUUUUUUUACACCCGUCUCCCAAGGACUUGCCAUUACAAUACUCGCGUCGAAUGAGCAAAAGGCCGCGCGCCAUAGCGCGUUCCCCUCGUGUACAGACUGCUGUGGCUGCAGAUGUCCUCUGGGACAGGACUGCCCUCCGUGUGCAGACCUGCUCACGCAACCAACGCAUCCAACCACGACAACACCACCGCAUGCGUGUGACUAGGUGUGUAAGUGUGCGUGCCUGUGCAUGAAUGUAAUCCAGGGAGACUCAUGUUGUGAAUUGAAAAUCGGUGUCGUAUUGAACCCUGAGCAGAAAUCCCGAGACAAGGCUCACACCCCCGAUGCCUCGUUUCUCAAACUCACAUCUCCACCUCCUCUCCGUUUUAGGAAAGUGUUUGUCACUCUCUGAGUACCUCUGUAUAUUAUGGCAUGGCACCGAAGUAAAGUUGUGUAGCGCUUAGUGGAGCUGUAGAAACGGGGAGGACGCCUGCGUGCAGGGCCUCUGCAGGCCGGGCGGCUUCGGUGGAGAUUAACCAGGUUCUUGUUGAAUAAUUGAACUUAAUAACUUUGCCUAUUGCUUGUGUUGAACUAUAAUAGGUGUUUGACUUGCGUAGGAAUAGUUAGUUGUUUUUUUUUUUGCGGGUGGUGAAUCCUAUCAUUAUGUAUUGUUUGAUGCUUAUAUAACACAGUAGUUUCCUCACUAAUUGUCCUGUAACGAUGAGGAGGGUUAAUACAUCUUUGUCUGUGGGAGGACUCUUUAAAUGACAUGUUGCACCCCUGCUCCACCUGCACCCCCUUCUUAUGCAAACGCAUCAAAGAUAAUUUACGCUGUUGAGUCAGAAGUGCUUUUUGUUUCAGCCCUUCAUCAUUCUCAUUUAUGUCUUUUCUUGCUGUUGAUGGCCUGUUUUCCAAAAUAGUGGGACCAAAAUCUUACGGAUCCACGGGCUUAGUUUCAUUUAUCCCCCAAAAAACUGGAAUUGGGAUAAACCGUUUUACGUUUAAGUGAGAAGAUGUUCCUUUCUGUGUCAAACCCUACUUGGAGUCUUGGAGUAAACUUAAAUGGAGUAACAGAUUUCUUCUUCAGUGGACAGUUUACCCAGUUGUUAAGUUUCAUGAUGGUACAGUGGUAUGUGUUUUAAAGCAGGCUUAAAGCUUGAUACAUGUUUGUUACAUGCAUUCAUUGCAUUGCAGAUCCAUUUGAUUCGUUUCUGGAAGGGAACCAAAAUCUGAAUUGUAUUUUGUCACCAGGAAAAUUGACUAUUUCUACUGGAAAGAAAUGGAUUGUAAUCAGUCGAUUUGAUUGAUAAGCCCUUAAUAUAUUUUUCAAAUAAUAUCAGGGUCACUUUCAUGGUUUCUUGUCAGAGGGUUCACCAUCAUUUGGGAUGUAGCAUAGGUUGGUAAAACAAGCAUGUCACAAUCUUUUGCCGACCGACUUUAUUGGCCCAGUUACCAUGGCGCCAAAGAGCCUCAACAACCACACGUGUACGUUGGUGUAGGUCUUGGGACUACAUCAUCCCACAAUUGUCAUUUUCAGCAAAAAAACAACCACUGUCCAGCCUGGCUAAUCAGUGUAUUUAGCUUUUCUUUUUUUUAUUAAUGAGACCCAUAUAUUUGAUGGCUCUAAU